AUGUUAACAUCACGAUCUCUUACAGCUGUCCUGUUCCUGACCGGACAGUCGCUGGCCGAUAACUUUACCAUUUCUAAUGGUCAAAUUUUCACUCCUGGUUUUGUAGUUCUAGAUGCUCCUCAGCCUUACACGCCACUAGGAGGAGAUACGCUGCAUGUGGCCAUAGAUGUAACCGCCAACGGCAAGCUGCCAUUGUCGCAGAAUGACGGCGAUGAUGAUACCGACAACCAGAUCUUCAGUAUAGAGAUGUUCCUGUACAGCUACACUACAGGACGCAACUUUACUAUCUCCAACGGAACGGCGAGCGCUAGUAACGCGAGCUUGGGUGAAAUUAUGGCCCAAGAGCCUGGAAGCACAGUAAAGCAUGUCAACUGGAUUUCCAUCCGACAAAGAUUCAGAUACCAAGGUGACGACUACUACACAAUUUUCGAUGUCCCUAUCUCUGUCAACAACUCGAUCCCGGAGAGUGAUGAUCGUCCGUCUUGUGACCAGCUGUCAAAUGAGCUCCUUUCGCCUGAGGAUAUCGAUGUUGAGGGGGCUAAUGAGGUGGGCGUUUUGUUUGCGCCUGGUGAUGCGACUGAACUUGAUAUCAAUGGGGGUGAGGGCUCGGCAGGGUCUGUUUUUGGUCCGAAGACGGUUGUGUAUGCUGUUUCCUUGAGCAUGUUUAUGGCUGUGUUUCUGUAG